UCGCCUGAAGCAGUCGUCGUAUCGGUUCUUCUCCGCCGUGAAGUGAAAGUAUUUGAAAACCAGAAUACCAACAGAAUAUUUCGCAUUCCUCAGUGUCUCAAGAGAAUUUUCUUUUGAAGCGCCCUGGGCCUUGACGAGUGCCAAACCAAAUACUUUCGUUUGUUCCAAGUGCCAAGUUUUGGUCCCUGCCUUUGACUGGCAAACAAUUCAAUUCAAUUUGAGACAAGACAAGACAAGUGUUUAAAUAAGACAAGCAUCGUCUGGGCACCCUCCUGCUCCCUCCAUUAGUCAGAGCACCGCAUCGCAUCGCACCGCCAACGAGCAGGAAACAGACCAGCCCGAGCAAACUCUUGUGGCAUAAUGUGGAAAAUAAAACACGACUCUGUGGCAGCAACCACCCUUCGAACCCUUCAAACCGCAACGUUCCUGGAGACAUAGACGCCCCUGGGGGAAGCAAAAGUGGCAAACAUUUCGACAAAAAGCGGACUAGCGGAAACGGAAGUGGCCAAAAGCGAGCCCAUAAAAAGCCACGCACCCGAAAAGCACCAACACACAGACUACAACUACAAGAGCAGAGGAAUCACAGAGAGAUAUAAAGGACAGCAACAUCUACCCCGUAAAAACAUGUACGCCGCCCUAAUGGACAUGAGCCAGUCUUUGGCAGCCAGUCUGGCAUAUGCCCCCCUGGAUCUGAGCGGAGUCAGUGUCUCCAAUGGGGGGAACGGUAGUGACAGUGGGAGUGGGGGCAACGACAGCCUCGACGCCGACGCGGGGUCAUCUUUGGGUCAGCAUAAUGCCAGCGGCAAUGGGCCGUAUGUGCCCGUCCUGGAACGCCCGGAGACUUACAUUGUCACCGUGCUGUACACGCUCAUCUUCAUCGUGGGCGUCCUGGGCAACGGCACACUGGUCAUCAUCUUCUUUCGGCAUCGUUCCAUGCGGAACAUACCCAACACGUACAUAUUAUCGCUGGCUCUGGCCGAUCUGCUGGUGAUUCUGGUGUGCGUGCCCGUGGCCACGAUUGUGUACACGCAGGAGAGCUGGCCCUUUGAGCGGAACAUGUGUCGCAUCACCGAGUUCUUCAAGGACAUCUCCAUCGGAGUCUCCGUCUUCACGCUGACGGCCCUGUCCGGUGAGCGCUACUGUGCCAUUGUGAAUCCCCUAAGAAAGCUGCAGACCAAGCCGCUGACCGUCUUUACGGCGGUGAUCAUCUGGAUCAUGGCCAUUCUGCUGGGCAUGCCCUCGUUCCUGGUCUCUGACAUCAUCGUCUACCCGGUGACGACGCCCGCCGGAAACAGCACCAUCAGAGUCUGCUCGCCCUUCCGCUCCAAGAUUUAUGCAAAGUAUAUGAUGGCAGCCAAGGCCUCCAUCUACUAUGUGGUGCCGCUGUGCAUCAUCGCGGUGCUGUACAUCAUGAUGGCCAAGCGGCUGCACAUGAGUGCCCGCGACAUGCCCGGCGAGCAGCUGAGCGUGCAGAGCCGGACACAGGCCCGGGCCCGGCGACAUGUGGCCCGCAUGGUGGUUGCCUUCGUGGUCGUGUUCUUCAUUUGCUUCUUUCCGUACUACGUGUUCGAGCUGUGGUACCAUUUCUACCCCACCGCCGAGGAGGAUUUCGACAGCUUCUGGCACAUGGUUCGCAUCGUGGGAUUCUGCACGAGCUUCCUCAACUCGUGCGUCAAUCCCGUGGCACUCUAUUGCGUGUCCGGCGUAUUUCGGCAGCACUUCAACCGCUAUCUCUGCUGCAUGUGCGUCAAGCGACAGCCGCACCUCCGGCAGCAUUCCACGGCGACCGGCAUGAUGGAAAACACCAGCGUAAUGUCGAUGCGUCGCUCCACCUACGUGGGAGUGGGCACCGGAGGCAAUCUUCGAGCCUCGUUGCACAUGAACAAUAAUCAAGGAGGCGGAGGCGCUGGCGGAGCUAUGCGUGGUGGCAGCUUCCACCGCCAGGACUCGAUGCCAUUGCAGCACGGAAAUGGUGGGGCAGCUGCUGGCAGUGGCCCCACCGCCGGACGUUCGGCCAACAUCAGUGAGAAGAGGUGAGGCACACUGAUUGUGGAGCUGCUGGAGGAGGAGGAGGUGGUGGUGGUCUCCUUGGCGGCCGACGAGCAGCUCUAAGCGAACCAUUGAUCUCACUUUGGUGUAUGCACUACCCCCACUCAAAAACCCAGUAACCCUUUAACC